UACACGCCACACACAUAGAAUUGUAUCUCUCUCCUUUUUGUUUGUGUGGCAUCAAACCUUAAAUCUACUACUGAUCUCCAUUUCCAGAUCCCCAAGAACACAGCUCCAACAAAAUAUACUUUAUAAAGACGUACUCUCUUAUAAUAUUUCUCCCUUUAUAUAUAACCCUCUCUGAUCUCUCUCUCUCUCUAUAUAUAUAUAUUUCUCACUAGCUCUUCCACACACACUCUUUUUUUCUCUCUAUAUCUCCUCUCUAAUUCACACAUGAAGAUUCAAGAAUCAAGCACCGUCUUCCUUGAAAUGAAACCUGAGGAAGAGGAGGGAGGGAGUAAUAAGAGGAAGAAGAGAGAUCAGAUGGGAAGAGGGAAGAUAGAGAUAAAGAAGAUUGAGAAUCAGACGGCGAGGCAAGUGACCUUCUCCAAGAGAAGAACUGGUCUUAUCAAGAAGACUCGUGAGCUCUCUAUUCUCUGUGAUGCUCACAUCGGUCUCAUUGUCUUCUCCGCCACUGGAAAGCUCUCCGAGUUCUGCUCUGAAGCCAACAGGAUGCCUCAACUCAUUGACCGAUACUUGCAGACGAACGGAUUACGACUUCCUGAUCAUCAGGACGACCAGGAUCAACUGUGCCAUGAGAUAGAAGUACUAAGAAGAGAGACAUGUAACCUUGAGCACCGUCUGCGUCCAUAUCAUGGACAUGACUUAGCCUCCAUUCCUCCUCAUGAGCUUGACUUGCUCGAGCAACAGCUUGAACAUUCCGUCCUCAAAGUCCGUGAGCGUAAGAAUGAGUUGAUGCAGCAACAGCUGGAUAAUCUAAGCAGAAAGAGGAAAAUGCUAGAGGAAGAUAACAAUAACAUGUACCGUUGGCUACAUGAACAUCGUGCAGCGAUGGAGCUUCAGCAAGCUGGGAUAGAGACGAAACCAACGGAGUAUCAACAGUUUCUAGAGCAGCUGCAGUACUAUAACAACGAUCAUCAGCAACAACAACAACAACGACAACCAGACAGUCUUCUUCAGCUUGCUACACUUACUUCUCAGAUUGAUCCUAAUUACCAUCUCCAGCUUGCUCAGCCUAAUCUUCAAAAUGAUCAUGCCCCUAAGAGUGAUUAAUCUAAUCCUCAAUACAUCUACGUACUCUUUCUUUCAGCGGACGAAUUAAUGAAACUUUUAUUAUUACAUAUAUUUUGAUUAGCCAAUGCCCUCUUUUGUUGUCUGUGUUGUGUGGUCGUCACAGAACCUUGUCUGAAGCACAAUGGUCUUUGGUUAUAAUAUUUAUUCAUCAUUAGUGUCAUACA